AUGCAAAUAGACCAAGAAAUUAUAAAAGGUGGAAACAUUCGUUAUGAAAGUGAGAAAUAUAUUUUACGACUUGCUGGAAAGUGUUCAUAUGACAAAAUUAAAGCAUCUCAAAAAUCCUUAAUAACAACAACAACAACAACAACAGCAAAAGCAACAACAUUAACAAUAAUAACAACAACAAUGAAUUUUUCCAAUAUUCCAGCGAAAUGUUUCAAUCCAGUUAAAGCUACAAUAUAUGAACCAAUUUAUAACUAUUGCAUUUAUGGAAUUAAAUAUUAUCACAAUCAGAUAGGCUUUGGCGACAUCUUAUAUUUUAAUGAUCCAAAUUAUCCAUGGCAUCAGCACGAUAUAACAUAUAAAGAAUUUGUAAAAGCCGCUCAACCACUUUGUGAUGAUUUGGGCAUUUAUGCACAACAGAAUGCUCAAUACAAUACUUUAUACUAUGCAGCAUGGCUUAUGACAACAGCAAAUAGUUAUAAAGAUAUUUUCUUGCUUUGUUGUAAGCCAUGUCCGAUAGCUAAAACAGUGGAACAAUGGCGAAUCAAUCUGAAACUUCAAUUCUUACUCCGUCAUCAGUAUAGUUUGAUAAAAAACUAUGUACUUUAUGAAGUUACCGAUUAUAAUGAUGAUAUUGAAUCUUAUAUUGAUGAAAGUUAUAGUAUAAGUAAUCGAAUGCCUAAAAUUAAUGUUUCCAUAAAAACAUGCAACACAAAGAACUUUGAAAAAGUUCCAAUAGCAACCAAUAACAAUGUAUGCUUUAUAACUGCUAGUGAUAUUUUCGAACGGAACAGUUUAUAUGAACGACAAAUUAUGCAAAUACGUAAUCGAAUGGCUCAUGAAAUUAUUCGUCUGGGACCGUAUAGUGCUGCAGAAAUGCGAUAUAUGAAAGAACUACAAUGUAGAAAUCAACAUACCUCACAGGAAGAUAAUGAAUGUAUCGUCUGGAUGACAUAUGAUGAAUAUGGUUAUGAAUGUUGUUGUUAUGGUGAUUUCAUUGGCAAUUGUCAAGAUCAAAUUUCAAACAGUAUAUUAGUAGGCACUGGACAGAUGACAGCUUACAACGAAUUUAUGGUAUGUGCCAUUUCCGAUCGUAACAAUACAAGAUAUACCUAUAAAUAUGAUAGUGAAACGAAGAAAGUUACACUCCGAGGUAGAGCGGAAGAUAUUUUGGAUGGAACACGUACCAGAAGUUACUGCCCAUUGUAUCUCGAAAUUUCAAACAUGCAACAUAAAUACUAUUUGUCGAUAGACGAAUUUCAAGCCAACAAACCUUACUAUAAUAUUCUUAAUGGUGAAAUAGAUGUUGGAUGCCAUUAUUAUGCUAAUUGGGAUAUUCGUUUAUUAGAUAUUGUUAAGAUACGAUGUAUUCAGUUAGUACCAUUAAUGGAUAUAUGUCGAAUGAAUGCUCCCUUAGUAACAAAUCAUUUUGAAGCAUUGUGUUGUUGUAAUCAUCAAACAUUUUGCAAUUAUAACGGUUUAAUAUUGAACAAAUUGAAUGCUAAUAAAACGUUUUACUACUGUAAAUAUAAUUCUCAAUAUCAAUAUUUGUUCAAUGAUUUAAUUCUAAUUGAUAAACUACCAUCAAGAUCAUGCUUAUUACAUUAUAUUGAUAAUAAUAACAUUCUGUCGGCUACGGAUUCUCAUUUGUCGAGCAAAGGCUUCAUUUUAUUUCAACCGCCAGGCAGUGCAUUUUAUCCAAUCGACUUCUCAUAUGCAUUGUUGGAAGACGGAAAAUGUCGUUACGUUGAAGUAGAAGUAAACUUUAAUUAUACAAAUGCACGAUCUUGUCGGGAAGCAGCAGUGUUUGAAACGCACUAUAUGCCGCUGAAAAUUUUUGCAUGCCGUUGUCGCACGAAAAUUAACUCCAACGUACCAUGUGACGAAAAGCUUUCAACAAAAAUACAGCAUUUAGCUAGAAAUUGGCCCAUAAUAAAUUUAACACAAUGUAUGCAUUAUGAUCAACAGGAACUUCAAAGUAUAACGCAUGGAGUGAGAAGAAUGUUUCUCACCUAUACAUCUUACUGUUACACCGAAAUGACUUUAAAAAUAAAUAAAAGCGGAAUGAAAUUUUAUGUGUCAGCUGGUGAAGUGACGCAUAAAAUAGCUAAUAACGCUGAAAAAUAUUUGGAUCAUAUAGCAUAUGCUAUGUGGCUUGAGACAGGAUCGACAUCAUCGCUUUGUGCUUCAAUUCGGAAAGGACAAGUAUAUUGUUUUUGUCGUUCGUAUAGUAAUUAUGACGAUGCAUGCAAUGAAUAUGUUUGGGAAAGAAUGAAAUUGCAGAAAAUUUUGAUGAAGCAAGAAGUUGAUUUUAAGAUUCGGAAGGAAUAUCCGAACAGAUUAUCAGAUCAUUUGGUACGGAAAGGAGAAACAUGGUGUCAUUCUCCUAAUAUUUAUGGUACUUUAGAUAUUGACAUGGAAAAUGAAGAUGUUAUAACAAGUGGAAAAUGUGCUCAUUCAAAACGAAAAGUAUGGGAAACCAAUGAUGAUCGCAUAUUCUGUACCGAAAUAAAAGCCUUAGAAAAUGCAUGUUUUGCAAGGGUCGAAGAUACAGAGUAUUUUCAAGAAAAUCAUUUAUUAUGCUGCUGUAAAAAUAAAUGUGAAACGGUUGGAUUUAUUAUUCAAACAUUGGCGAAGGAAAUCUCAGAUAGUUAUGAUUACUAUUAG